AGAUUAAAAUCUGAUGAACGUGUGCAAGACCCACCUUCCUGCCACACACAGCUUCUCCUGCAGGAGCUGCAGGAUAACGGUAGAGUAAGUGGCGGGGGGGGAGUGGGAGGGGGAGUUGGGGCUGCAAGGCAGGGGAAGGUUUGAAAAAAAAAAAAAAGGAGGAGGGGCUGUGGAGAGCUGGUGGGCUUCCUCCCUCUGCCUCACAGACACAUUUUAUUGACUUGCUAAUUGGAUGAGGCACUCGGAGGAGAGGAUGCGGUGACCGAGAGGAGCUGAACGAAGGAUACAGACACGAGGAAGCAUCGCCAGCUAUUUCCCAUUUCUCCUGUUUUUUGGGAAUGGUGUGCAUAACAACAGAUGUUUUCUUUUCUUUCUCCCAGCAUCACCCAGCAGUGCUUUUACGCAUGACAUUGUCAAAUGGAGGCUCCAGCUACAAGACGCAUCGUGACAACUGAAUGAUUUCCAUUUUUUUUCCUCCCCAGGCUCCCUAUUUUUUUUCCCUAUUGGAUCGAUUGUCUCUUAAUUGUCAGCCUGGUCUGAUGUACCGAAUCCUUCAUUCGUGCACGGGGUCGACAUAUAUGACGCCAUGACUGAGGUUCUCCUGGUCAGAGAGCAGGUGCCGCUGAGCUGAGCACUGAUGUCCCAAUGAACAACGCCGACAACCCACAGAAACGCACCACCUACCUCAUCUCCCUCACCCUGGUGAAGGUUGAGGCUCUGCCGGAGGAGGAUGUAGCCAGGGACCAAGAGGAGAAGGAGGCCCUUCCAGAGGGGGAAGGAAAGAAGGAGGAGGAGGUGAGAAGAGGCCCUAGAGAGGAGGAUGUACGUGUUGGUCCACAAGCGGUGGAUAAAGAGAGCACCCAAGUGGAAGAAGUAGUGGAGCAGGUGCAGGUGAAGUAUGGCGGCCCUAAUGAGAACUGGGGGAGAGAUGAGCGGAGAGACCAGAAAGACAUCGUCCCUCCUGCUAAAAGCAAGGACCCUUCUGUCGCCCACCCCCCGGCGAGGCAAAUGGUGAAGGUGUACAGCGGAAGCAGCUUUGAGACCACCGUCCGCAGAGAGGGCCCUCGCUCCGAUGUCUCGCGCCCCAAGACGGAGCUCUACCGGGAGCCUCCCAGGCUCUACCUCAAGGGCGAGAACGGAGCCGAGCUAAACAAUCGCACGCGCUCUAGCCUCCCGUUUUCCAUCCCGCCUCAGGCGAGCCAGCGCCCUGAAGUGCUGCUGAGGACACACACGGGGGCCAAUUCUGCAUGCUGGAGGGACGCCAGAGAUGCUAACACGAGCUUGUAUCACUCUGCAAAGACUCUGGAGCGCAGGGAGGCGGCCCCCCUGGUGGCAGCUCCAUCUCUGGGGCCUUACAGGGCAUCCUGGGCCGACAGCGACGGACGGGGAACGCUCAUUCGUCCUGCAGCUCCCCUCAGUGGAGGCUAUUCCGGGAUUAUGAACAAGGAUAACGCCCAUGAGGACAGAUUUAAGGUUUCCCUGGCUGCACCUGCCGCCUCCGAUGUGAACCGGCCGCAAAGAAAAGGGACAAGUCGCACCCUGGACAACAGCGACCUACAUUGCCUCUCCGAGGAUGUCAGGAGAGGGAAGGAGGGCCAAGGGGGAACAAUCCAGAGAGCUCCUCCUCGUGACCGCAAGAUGCUCAAGUUCAUUAGUGGGAUUUUCAGCAAAAGCGCAGCUGUGCCCCCGAAUGUCAGCACUGCAUCUGCCCUCUAUCCAGCUGUGGAGAGGGGCUCCAGCGAGGAGGAGGCGGCGUGCACCAGCAGCCAGGAAUGGACCAUCACUCAAACUGCACAAGAAUUGCACCUGGCUGUGUUGGGAGGUCUGUGCAGUGGGAAGUCCGCUCUGGUCCACAGACACCUGACAGGAAGUUACCUGCCUCUGGAGAAUGCUGAAGGGCGCCAGUACUUUAAGGAUGUCCUUGUUGAUGGACAGAGCCACCUCUUGAUCAUCAGAGAAGGGACAGAACUCCCAGGAGCCCAGCUUGCAGGUUGGCUUGACGCGGUCAUCCUGGUCUUCAGUUUGGAAAACGAGGCCAGCUUCCAGGAAGUGUACAAAAUCUACCACCAGCUCGCUCUCCACCGGCCUGUCGCUGAGAUACCUUUCGUAGUGGUCGGCACACAGGACAAGAUCAGCAGCAGCAACCCCAGGGUGAUAGAUGACGCCAGGGCCAGGCAGCUGUGCUCGGAUGUGCGCCGUUGCACCUACUAUGAAACCUGCGCCACGUACGGGCUCAACGUCAAUAGAGUCUUCAAUGAUGCUGCUCAGAAGAUCAUGGCUGCCAAGAAACAAGCUGCUUUACUCGCUUCUUGUAAAUCACUUCCCAACUCUCCAAGUCAUUCUGGAGGCUCCACUCCAGUGUCUGGUGUCUUUCCAGGACAGGCCAGUAAUGGAGGUCAGAGUAGUGAUUACUCCUCAUCACUUCCCUCCACGCCCGUGAUUAACCAUAAAGAGAUUGGGAGGUCAGCCAGAGGGGAGAAACAGGACAGCGGCACUCCUGGUUCGGUCCGCAGCGCCACCCGGAGACGCACGGCACGAUUUGCGGGUCGCAGAGGCAGUGAUUCAGCCAGGCGAAGUGCAGACUGCAAAGGAGAUGUGGGCAGUGGACGCUUCAUUCCUAUCAAGCAGGGCUUCUUGCUCAAGCGUGGCGGCAACUCGCUCAACAAAGAGUGGAAGAAGAAGUAUGUCACCCUGUCCAGCGACGGCAUACUGUCGUACCACGCAAGCGUCAAUGACUACAUGCUGAACACCCCCGGGAAAGAAAUGGACCUGCUGCGAGUGACGGUGAAGGUGCCAGGCAAGCGUCCCCCUCGUGCUGUACCUGCCGGCGGGCCUCCAGUCGGGCUCAACGGGAGGGUCAAAGAUGGGCAGGGGCCUGAGGGUGUCAGCCUGGUUCCUGUCAGCGCCAGCAGCUUCCUGCAAGUGGAUGACAUGGACGGGCUGGGAGGCGCACUCUUCCUGAGGGGUAACAGAGGCGUGCAGCGUUGUGCCUCCAACGUCUCCAACCACGCUCAAAGUGUCGACUCUGCAUUUGAGGGCGUGUCCAGCUCCUCCUCCACCAAAGACGUCGGCUCCACGUCCCCGGUGGAGGACAGAAAGAAGCAUCGCAGGAAGAAGAGCAUGAACCAGAAAGGAGACGCCACCGUUGGCCAAGCAGAUGCCAAGAGGAAAAUGUGGAAACUGAAAAGCUUCGGUAGCUUAAGAAACGUGAGCAAAGCAGAUGAGGAAAACAACGACUUCCUCAUUGUGUCGAGUUCGGGCCAGACGUGGCACUUUGAAGCCCAGAAUGUGGAGGAGAGAGACUCCUGGGUCCAGGCCAUCGAGAGCCAGAUCCUGGCCAGCCUGCAGCUUUGCGAGAGCAGCAAAAACAAGGCUCGCAAGAACAGUCAGAGCGAGGCGGUGGCUCUGCAGGCUAUUCGCAAUGCAAAGGGCAACAAUUUUUGCGUCGACUGCGACGCUCCAAAUCCGACGUGGGCCAGUUUGAACCUGGGCGCCCUCAUUUGCAUCGAGUGCUCGGGCAUCCACAGGAACUUGGGGACUCACGUGUCCCGCGUUCGUUCUCUGGAUCUGGAUGAUCUGCCCCGCGAGCUGACACUGGUGCUCAGCGCCAUUGGCAACCACAUGGUUAACUGCAUAUGGGAGGCGCGCACAAUGGGCCACCGUAAACCAACGCCCGAUGCCACCCGAGAGGAACGGGAGUCAUGGAUCCGGGCUAAAUAUGAGCAGAAACUCUUCGUGGCGCCAUUGCCCCCUCCUAGCCCGAAUGAAGGUCCAGACAUCACACUGUCGGGUCGUCUUCUGCUGGCGGCGAUGGAACACAACCUCCCCAAACUGCUGCUGCUUUUGGCCCACUGCACGAAGGACGACGUCAACGGCGCCCCCAGCAUGGCGCUCUCCUCCAGGUCACUCCUGGCGCUGCGACUGCCCGGCUCCGCCCUUCAUGCUGCCUGCCAGCAGGCUGACGUGGUGAUGACACAGCUUCUUGUGUGGUAUGGCUGUGAUGUUCGUUGUCGGGAUGCUCAGGGUCAAACGGCGCUGACCCUGGCUCGCAUGGCGGGCAGCCAAGAGUGCGCCGACAUCCUGCUGCAGUACGGCUGUCCCAAUGAACCCGCCCCUUCCGUCGCCGCCACUGCCGGAUUUGCAUCGGCGGCCGCCCCCGGUUUUCCCGUCGCCAUGACACAGAGCCUGACAGUGGCCACCACGCUCAAGAUCUCGCACAAGAGCGGCGGCACCAGCUUCAGCUACAGCACUUCCAGACGAGCCGUGUCGUAAUGCGGAGAUUGGACUGGUGUGUGGCCGGAUGUUGCACUGCUGCUGUGAAACACACACUAUACACACACAAAUGCUUUUUGUUUGGGAACGUUUAGAUUCCGACACCUUGAGUUUACUCCUCAAUCAACAAUGGAGAGCUGCCUGGACGUCAAAUGUAAACAACUGCAAUACGCUUUUUAUGAAUUGGUCUGUUUGUACAGUGGGGGAAAUAAGUAUUUGAUUCCCCGCUGAUUUUGUACGUUUACCCCCUUUACAAAGAUAUGAACAGUCCAGAAUUUUUAUGGGACGUUUAUUGUAACAGAAAAAGACAAAGUCCUGACAAAAAACAGGAUCUCAAUCCAUAACAGCAAAGUGUCUUACUAAUGCUUUUUCAUACUGACUGUGCUCCCAACUUCCUUGGCAUCAUCAACCAGCUCCUCCCUCGUCAUUCUGGGCUGCUUCCUCAUCUUUCUCAUAGUCAAUCUUACCCCACCAGGUGAAAUCUUUGCGAGGGUGUUUCCGAAGGAUUGCAACAAUAGAAGUGCUCUGUUUCUCACCCGGCUCUUUGGUCUUGCCCAUGCUGGUGGAAAGGUGCGAAGGGUAGAACGUGUUUGUGUUUUUUAUCCACAUAGCGAGUUGAGAUUAUGAAUACAUAAAGGGAUAGGACUCAAAUAAAAACCGCUCUGUGGGGGUGAGAAUGCUUGCUGGUAGUUAGGGAUUAAAUACUUAUUUCCCUAAAUCAAGCACAAAUAGUUUCUAUACAAUUUUCUUGCAGAAACUGUUUUUGUUUCUGGUUGUUUUGGCGAACAGUGCUCUGUAUCGCCUACCGGAGGGGAGGAAUUGGAACUGUUUGUGCCCUUUUCCUGGCUGUGGACCGGUACAGUUCCUCUAUGGAGGGCAGGCUCGUCCCGAUGGUUUUCUCUGCAGCCCUGAUUGUCCGUUGCAGUCUGCUCUUGUCCCGUUUGGUAGCAGAGCCAAACCAAACUGUGAUGGAGGUGCGGAGAACAGACUGUAUUAUUGCAAGGUAGAAUGUUGUCAGCAGUUCCUUAGGCAGGUUGAACUUCUCCUGCAGUCUCAAUUCGUACAUCCUCUGCUGUGCCUUCCUUCGUAUCGUGUCUAUGUGGGAGGACCACUUCAAGUCCCGUGAGAUGGUUGAGCCCAGGAACCUUAAGGAGUCCACUGGAGAUACAGUGAGGGUGUGAGGGUGGGGAGUCCAGUUUUAAGCGGAUUCAGUUCCAAGUUGUUGUAGCCACACCAGGAGACCAGCUGAUCCACCUCGCGUCUAUAAGCAGAUUCAUCACCGUCACUGAUGAGACCAACGACACCGGUGUCAUCUCCGAAUUUCAGCAGUUUCACAGCUGGAUCGCCUGAGGCGCAGUCAUUUGUAAACUCAUUCAAAUUUCAGGCGUCCCGAACACAAACACUCAAAACUCAGUCGCGCCCCUUUUGAACAUUGAAAAAUAUUUCCCCUGACAGCAGUUUUACAGAACGUCACGAAAUUUGUCAAUCAUGACAGGAUUCCAAAGAAGUCUCAAGAACCCUUGUUCCAAAACAAACAGGAAGUCGGUCCGUUUUGGUUUUCGGCAGAAAUUAAGGGUUGUAUUUCAGCGAGCUAGUCCUCAGCACUUUGACCAAAUGAGCCCAAAUAAAAAUCAUAGAUACCAGACAGACCAGUGAUUUUAUAUUGCAAAGGAUUUCAGGCUGUUUCAUGAAAUGUUGGGGGGGCAUGGCAACAACAUGACGACUAAACUGUAACGGUUGGUAACUCAGUUCGACAAGGUCAUAGCUUCAUCAUCACUCGUACAUUCGAUGAAGAUGACACCUCGACGCUAUGCAUAGGUCACUUUCUAAAUUCGUCUCAGCGCCACCCGGCGGCAACAGGAAAUGGAACGUGCAUGCCCGUCGACUCACAUGAACAUCGAGUGGCGGUGGGGCUGGGAGAGUUCAACGCUACACGCGGCUUUCAUUUUGUAUUUUUACUCUUUGUUAAAACAAACCUACCAUAAAAAUUCUGGACUGUUCAUAUCCUUGUAAGUGGGUAAAAUGACAAAAAAUAGUUAUUUCCCCCGCUGUGUCAAACACUUCACAGGUGUGUAUAUUGUCGAACAGUCGCUUCUUUUCAAAGUUGCGCCGCUGUUUUGAAGAAAAUAUAGAAAUACGAUGACAGAAUUCUAUAAAUCUAAAAAAAAAAAGCGCUUAAUUUCCAACACUGUUAUGGUACUUUUUGUACAAUAGGUGGUUCAGUGUACAAAAGAGAUUAUCGCUUUGGUGUUCCUUUGAUAAUGAACUGUUGAAAAGCUCAAGACUUCAGAUUUCUAUGUCAUGUUUGUAUCACUGUGUGCGGCAUAAAACUACAGCAAGGGUGUUCACAAACUUGAAGGAUGCAGGGGUGGGUCGCUUUGAUACAUUUUGUACACGAAAGAUGCUACAAGCAAGCAAAUGUAGGUUAAUAUAUGCCAAACUACUGAACAAAACUAUCUUUGCUUCGUGUUGUCGAUGUCAAAGCAAGAAAUUAGCGCAAUAUCUAAGAAUAUACAGUCAAACCUCGGUUUUUGUAUGAUUCGUUUUUUGUUGAAAUUGUAAUAAUUUUAUAUAACAAUAAUAUAAAAUCAAAUUUUUAUGUAUUAAACAUUUUUAUAUAUUUCCAAUAUAAUAUAUAAUUUAAUAAACGCAUUAUAUAUAAAUAUGCAUUUGUUUAAAUUAAUAAUACAUUUGUUUUUAAUCAUUUUUAUUUACUAACAUUUUGCCUCGAUUUUCCCACAGUAUGUGCACAUUACUGCAAACUAGUGCGACUGCUAAAUAACCCGCCAUGGGGCCAAAGUAAGUUGCGAGUGCCAGCAACUUGAUAAAGACGGUGACAAACUCAAUGUCACCAGGAUGUACGGGAUGUCCGCAUCAACAAUAAGUUCCAUCCAGUCCUCAUUUAUAAUUAUUUCACAAUGUAUUUUUUGUUAAUAUUUUCGGGUGUCAUGGACAGAUUAAUUGGAUGUAUUUCGGUUUUAGUCCGACCUUUUGGAAUGAAUUAAAGACAAAAACCGAGGUUCCGCUGUAUCUCAUUAAUAAUGAAUUUUAUUUUUACAAUCUAUUAAUUAAAAAAAACAAGCUGCGAGCCGAAAAUUGUCCCCGAGCCGCACUUUGGCCACCCCUGCUGUGUCUGAUUUGUGCAUUAAAACCUUGAAAGUGAAAGAAAUGCCUUCAUUUCCACUGAAUGUAUUUCCAGAUAUGAUGCAGAGGUGCAGCUUUAACGGACAUGCUAACUGCUGUGACUCAUGGAGAUGACAGGUAUUGUUUAUAAUUCAUGAUAGCUUGUUUUCAAAUGUACUUAUCUAUCAACGUGAGUGACGGAAAGAAUGUUUCCAAGUGGAAAAAAGAGGAAUGUUGCCCACAUGGAGAUUUAAAAAGAGUAGCAUAGGAGGCAUCCAUCUGUACGCCAUGUAUUUUUGUGUCCAUCUAAUGACUGUGGAUGAGUAUUCAUGUCUGUGCUGUAAGAGUCGAUUCAUUUGUAUUUUUUUACCCAUGCAACGAUUCAUAAAAUAUUCAUUAUUGAUAUACUUCCAGCUUUCUACUCUUUUCAUUGAGUCCAAACAAGGUUCUAUUGAUGUGACAGAAACACGUUGCAUCAUCUGCUUCUAUAUGUUGCAGUGCAGAGGAGUUGAACGUCUGCAGGAAUCGCGUCACACCCGUCAUCUCGCAGUCAGAUUCUUUGUUAACGGUCCCUGUUGGCUUUGGCCUACUUCUUUCUAGGUCAGAACCCCGCGCUCACUUUGCUAAUGGACGUCUGAAGAUGCUUAAUGAUGAUUUAUCAUGCAAAGAUGUGUCAAGAUUCCACUACGGAAGCAAACAACUGGCACCAAACACACAGUUUUACUCACGGCUGUUUAGUGGAGUUGACUCUGAAUAAGAAGGAAAACAAUUGGACAUGACUGCCGUAAAAUCACACAACCAAACCACAAUAAGGUUCUGAAUUCAUGCCGCCAUUGAACUAUUUCAAGCCUUUUCUGCUCUUUAGACAGGAUCUCACAAUAAGGACCCCCCCCUCAGAAUUGAUUACAGUACACUAUAUCUUCACAAGGGACAAUAUUAUCAA